UUGUGCAGACUUUCAAUAUUAAAAAGUCAGCAGUUUACGGUGCGACGUUUUGUGAUUUCGCAAUAGUUCGCAAUCCAGAUCGUAUUGCUCACUUCCACGGGAUAGAUUCCGUUUCUGUCUCCGUCUGUGGAUCUGUUCUGGAUCUACCAUUAGAUGGUAGCAGAGCCGACAGCGGUUCUCUGAUUUGAUUUGUGUCAGGCAAAGUUGGCCUGUUAUUGACGUGGAACCCGACCAGUAAAGCACAGGUCAAUCCUACAGCAAAGCGCACACCACAAGCGGUGAACUGCCUCAUCUGACGCGGAUUUCCAGCUUCGGUUUUCGGUACGGUAUCUUCAGCGAAGAACCGUGCUGUUGCCCCAGCUGUGCAAGAGUUCAAGAGUUCAGUCGUCGGUGUUCCUCGGUGUAGAGUCUUCAGCGAAGACCUACACUGGUGUCACCGAUACUCGGCAAGGAUUCAGCGAAUCCUAAGCCGUGGGCCACAAGCGGCGAAGCGCUAAAAGGGGCGCACGGAUUUGCCAGAUCAGACUCCUCCAAACUGGAGUAGAGCAUUACUGUUGCUACGGCACAGCCGGCACAGUAGCCUACUAAUAGCGCGAGGCACGCUACGGAACAGCGGCGACGCGGGAACGGAGUUGGAAGAAGAAUUGGAUCAUCUGGAUCACUUUCCCCGUGGAACGGACGGACGUGGAACGGACAGACGGUGAACAGAUUGAAGCGGAAAAAUGGCACAGAAAGGUCAAGCCACUCCUAAACGUACGGGAACGGCGGCAGACAUCGAUCAGUUUACGGGCUAUAAUCCGAAAUGUCCCGACUGCUUAAGGAACAACAAAAAGGUUGAUAAGAAAUUCCCUUGCUACACUUGUAUUCACAAGCUUGAAGACCACAUGCCGCUCACGCUUGUUGGGAUCAUGGAAGCGAAACGAGGGAACUUGGACGUUUUUCGAAAUCUCAUAAGCGCAAGAAAUUACGGCAGCAUCCCAGUGGAAGAGCGAAUGCUACUCGAGGAUCGCUACCGGGAAGCGAUCCGGAACAACGAACCUGGUUGGGAUGACACCUUGGAGCCGUUGAAGUGUCCACAGACAGACGCGUAUCGGAAGGAAUUCGAAGAGGACCAGGAGAAGAUGCGAGUUCAGCAAAUGGAAGACGAACUCCGCGCGAAAAUUAAUGCGGAAAAUAAGAGAGCAAGUGAACAGGCUGCACGAGAGGGGCUGCCCAGCACAUCGAGUUUAGUUGCACCUACGGGCACGGCCAGCCUUAAUGAAGACGAAAUGCAACUCGUACGACAGUCGCUUAUCAUUCAAAUUGAAACGUUAACGAAGGAUCCAGCAGCUAUGUCAGACGAGGUAUUCAAAAUGUUGUUGCGGGAGAAGAAACGACUUCAAGACGGGUUCGCGCCGGCACCCUACAUAAAGAAGGAAGUCGAAAGACGUAUGGAUGACCUACGUAAAUCUCACCGAACCGAAAGCGAUGUGCUGCAAGCACUCAAGAAGUUUUAA